CCAUAUAAUAUAAUUGAAAUUGACAUUGAAAUUGAAAAUGUCUUCGGUUGUGACAGAUGAGAUACGAUCCAGUGCAAGCGAGGUCUACCAUGGCGACAAAAUCUGCAGACAGAAAACAAAGGUUUUGCUAACAGAAGUUGGGUUACCCAAUGGAUUGUUGCCCUUGGAGGACAUUGAAGAAUGUGGGUACGUCAAAGACACCGGUUUCGUUUGGCUCAAGCAAAAAAAGAAGAAGGAGCACAAGUUUGAAAAGGUGGGGCGUCUCGCUAGCUAUGCAAACGAGGUCACAGCCUACGUUGAGAAAUCCAAAAUCAAGAACCUGACGGGUGUCAAAACAAAAGAGUUAAUGAUGUGGAUCAACCUGAGUGAGAUUAGUGUCGAUGACCCACCCACCGGAAAUAUCACCUUCAAAGCCCCCACUGGCUUGUUUCGAACUUUUCCUGUCUCUGCCUUUCAAGUGGAGGACGAUGAUGAACAAAAACUUCAAGUCAAGGAGGUGUAAUAAUAAUUAAUGUCACCCUCCAUCUCGAUCAUCUUAACUAAUAACAAGCAUGAUUCUCGUAUCUAUCAAUGUACGACAAUUAGUACUUUUUAAGAUGCAGUGAUAAAAGAUGUGGGCAUAAUUAUGAUGCAUUUGUUAUCAAACUUAUUAUCAU